AUGGAGCCUGUACUUUCAGCUACACCACGGAAGGAGGGGACAUGGACAAAGCUUGUGAUAUUUGUUGCGCUAUACAUGCUACUUCUCGAGUCUAUAUUGGAAUGGGUGCUCGUGCUCUACCUCUACGGUAAUGGCCAAGUUGACUCAAAGAUGACUCUGAGUGUUGUACUUGCACUUGUCGCAUCUUUUUUCUCGGUGCCACUUGUCAGCCUCCAAAGCCUGGUCGCUUGGCAAUACAACAACAUUGGUGGAUUUGGAACCCAGAAGACCAUUCUGCAUAAUGUAUGCACAUACGUUCUACGUUUGGAUCUUAUGCUUUGGCUAGCUACAAGUGUAGCCGGUCUAGUGGUCGCUGCACAACAGGUGUACUGUCUUCCGGAAGGGACUGAUGCAAGUUUCUGGAGAGUUGGUAUUAGCUGUGCUUUCCACCGAGCAUCUGUGAUCGUGUCGGUGGUUUCAAUGGUCACCGUAUGCACUAUGUACUGCGCAAGGGAGCUUUGCGAUCGACCAUAUGACGUAUCGCUUUUUGGUAUCUAUAAGCGCCCACAGAUUAACAGAGAUGGCAGUAUCGUCUCUGGCAAUAGCUGGGAUAGCGAUGAAACCCUAAAAACCGAGAUUCUCUAUCUUUGCCGCCAGCAUGAUGGAAACGGAACUGGGGAGUUCUGGUCUGUAGACCCAAUCGCCAACAGAGUGAACUGCCAUCCCACUAUCCGACAUCCUGCCCCCAUUCGUCUGCGGCCUCAACUUCGAGUCAACACUGAUCCCGGAUCGACAUAUGGAGAGAUUGUGUCUGGAACGACGAUCUCGCCGGACUCUCCACACCGUAUCUCGCCUGGAUCACAAAGCCUGGCUAGCGAUUAUUAUCCCAUCUCACGCACAUCUACCAUCAUGACUUCACAGACUGCGGUGAAUGAGUUACGCGCUCUAUUCUCCGAUGGGACUGCUCCAAAAGUCCCGCAGAUUCCUCAGGAAUACACCAGCCAUACAAGAUCAAAGUCAUCGCUCUCUUCUCUACGACGUCUUCUUCCAAAGUCCUUGCCACUUUCACUUCCAUUAUCAGCGGAUCCUCAAAUACAGGCUCUUACAGACCCCAACGCCGCAUCAGACAUUGAAAAGCAGGUCGUGACACCGAACAGCAUGCCUAAGGGAAUCCCUGAAUCCACAACCUAUCAACUCGUCCCAAACGGCAACACCCCAAACGCCUCUUCAGCAUCCCUCCCCCAAAGCCCCGUCAAUCCCCAACCAAACCCCAAACCAGCACGCCCAGAAGUCCACCACACCCGAACAAUGACAAUGAACUCCGCCGAUGCCCCAGAAGUAGUCCCACCAGCCCCAUCCUCCCCACAAAAAUUCCGCCGCUCCCAAACAGCCUACGACACGCCCUCAGCUCGCUCAAUCAACCAUCCACACCACCCAAACUUCAUCUCACGCCCCCGUUCCCAGCAACGACAACGAGCAUACUGCCAGUCCCGCCGACAAGCCCCAAGCCCACAGAUGCACCCAGACUCAAUGCGCAAGAAUAUGUUACCCCAACAGAACAAUGACACACAAUACCCCAUCCGCAGCUCCUCCUACCACUUCGACCCAAACUACCGACCACGUCACUCGCAGAGCCAGUACAACCUCCACCCAGGCAGCCAGUAUGGAUCCCAAUCAUCUCGCUGGGCAAACCAGCGUCGCUAUAAUUCAUCCCGUUCCAUGCACGCCCCCAUCCCCCGCCGCAAUGACGCUGAAGUAAUCUACCCCAGCGCGCGUCGUUCUCGAAGCAGUACCCAUGCCUCCGCUAGUGGCCCGCUCAGCUGUAUCUUGGAGACGACGUCUGACCCGCAUGUGAUGGAUGGUCCGAGACCUGUCUCAGUUGCUUGUUUGGAGUUGCCAUCCAAUUGUAUUGAUCAGUCAAGAUAUCGGAGUGCGAAUCGGUCGAGUUUGAGCUUUUAUUGA